CCCCCCAAAAAAAAAAUGUCGCUCGAGUGGCUGGCGGCCUGGGGCUGGUCGCUGGACGGCCUGAGGGACUGCAUCGCCGCCGGCAUCCAGUCGGUGCGGGACUGCGACACCACGGCGGCGGUCAGCGUGGCCUGCCUGCUGGCCCUGUUCGUGUGGUACUGUUACCACGUGGGCCGCGAGCAGCCCCGGGCCUACGCCUCGGUCAACGCCCUGAUGCAGGGCCCCGACGCGGCGGGGCUGCAGAACGGCUUCGUGUACUGCCAGUCGGCCGAGUGCGUGCGCUGCAGCCACAGCGACGGCCUCAACCAGAAGCUCUACCACAACCUGCAGGAGUACGCCAAGCGCUACUCGUGGUCCGGCAUGGGCCGCAUCCACAAGGGCAUCCGCGAGCAGGGCCGCUACCUCAGCAGCCGGCCGUCCAUCCAGAAGCCCGAGGUCUUCUUCCUGCCCGACCUGCCCACCGCGCCCUACUUCUCGCGGGAGGCGCAGAAGCACGACGUGGAGCUGCUGGAGCGCAACUUCCAGACCAUCUUGUGCGAGUUCGAGACCCUGUACAAAGCCUUCUCGAACUGCAGCCUUCCGCAGGGCUGGAAGAUGAACAGCACCCCCAGCGGCGAGUGGGUCACCUUUUACCUGGUCAACCAGGGGGUCUGCGUCCCCCGGAACUGCAGGAAGUGCCCACGGACGUACCGCUUGCUGGGAAGCCUUCGGACCUGUAUUGGCAACAAUGUUUUUGGGAACGCGUGCCUGUCCGUGCUGAGCCCCGGCACCGUCAUCACGGAGCACUACGGCCCCACCAACAUCCGCCUCCGGUGCCAUUUAGGUCUGAAAACUCCAAGUGGCUGUGAGCUGGUGGUGGGAGGGGAGCCCCAGUGCUGGGCAGAAGGCCGCUGCCUCCUCUUCGAUGAUUCCUUCCUGCACACCGCGUUCCACGAAGGUUCGGCGGAGGACGGCCCCCGGGUGGUUUUCAUGGUGGAUCUGUGGCACCCGCACGUUGCGGCGGCUGAGCGGCAGGCCCUGGAUUUCAUCUUUGCUCCGGGACGAUGAGAACGUUGGUCGCGCUGGAGUCGCCAGGAGUGACAGUGGGUCUGCCUGGGCAGACGGGGGUGCGGCCCAGCCCCCCGGCCCCGUUUGGACCCCAUGCUCAGAAACCUGCCUCAGCCGAGAGCUUGCAUUUGGGACUUGUGUUUUUUAAGAUCACGUUGGGUCCCUUUUUCCUUUGGUUACUGAACAAUAGGGAAUUUCCAGCUUGUAUUUCCUUAGAUUUUUUUUUCCCCUUCCCAUCAUUUGCUUCUGUGAUCCCUUUCUGCCUAAAAGCGCGUUCCCGUGCUCUGCGCCCAGCGGCCCACUGUCCCUGUCGUCGGGCAUUCACGCUCGCCGCUACCUGGUCUGUCAGAGCUCCCAAGUAGAGCUGCCAAACGGUUACUUGUCUGAAUGUAAUAACAUAAAUCUUCUUGUGGUCAUCUUAAGAGGAAAACAAACAAACAAAAAAACCAACCAAAAAACUGCAAAGCAGAGAGCUGGAGAACAUGGCCUCUACUGCUGUUACAGUCACCUGGGGACCCUUCCGCUGCCCCAGGGCAGGGGGCAGUCUGCAGUCAGCAUCGCCACCCAGCCCCAGCCGGCUGCGGCGUGGGCACGGUGGCCCUGGUCAGGGGCAGGGCCGACCCACCAUCGCUCACCUCACCCCGAGCCCCGUGAGCUCGCUCACGGCAAGAGCCUUGGGCUGGCAGGACCAGAUGCGUCUCCAUAAACGUGGCUUUCUGACAGAGCCGGGGUUGGCGGUGUCUUCUCCUCCGAGAGCCCAGCCAGGGCUCCCUCGGAUCAGGCUCUGAACGCGUGAUUCGCUUACCUCACUGCCUACAGAAGCCCUACUGCCAAACCGGGCCCAGGAGGUUCCCCGCUUGAGCUGUGUGGAGUCCACGGCGAUGAGCGUUCAGACCACCAGGCUGGCCCGCGGGCGCCGAGGUGGGGCAAGCAAGACCUCCCUCCUCCAGGGACGUUCUGGAAAAGCCUUUCUCUGGCAAAACUGGGAAUCGUAGGUCCGUCCGCCCAGGACGUGUCUGUUUUUUGCUCUGGAGUUCUGCUGCCUAUGAUUUUCCAUUUGUCUGUCUGUACAUAAACGUUCAAACGCUGGGCUCGGAGAUCACGCUGGUGUCGGCCUUGUGCCUGUCACCGCACAAGGGCAUGGCCCCGGCUCCCCGCCCACCAAGCCAGUGUGUGCUUGUGAGGACCCUGGGCGACCUGCAGACCCGAAGGACCCACGGUCUCAGCACUGGCUUGUUGGUCUCCGGUGAAGGACAUGGCUGGUUUAUGGCGCCAAGUCUGGAAACGGCCCCAUGUCAGCCGACGUGUAAAGGCGUCGCCUCCGGCCACACGAGAGAGGCAUUUUUGGAAUAAUGUAUUAUUGCAGAGUUGGGUCGAUAAAACCAUGGAGCAGCAUGGAACACACAGUUUAUCCUGCGUCCGGGUCCAGCAUAAAGAACCCGUGUCUGCAUUUGAGUACACUUUCUUACACAUCUUUUUCAGCGAUUAGGAUGCAGGAAAGGGCAGAGAUUUCUGCCCCACCCGAAGUCUUUCUCCUCCUCCUCUUGCAGUUUCUUGUCAAAGAGUCACUGAGGUGCAUGAUCUGUCUGCAUCCUGACUGCUCUCCGUCUGUAAAGCUGACAGCCCACACCUGUCCCCAGCUGCCUGUGCUCCUGGGACGCAGGUGGGGACCAGGAGGUAAAUAAAAGAUCUUGCUGAA